CAGAUAUUCUCUGCAUGUCCGUUUUCGUUUCUUCCAUGCAGAACUUAAGAUCAUCAAAAUCAAUACAUCUUGCACUCUCAAAAUUCAACCUUCACUAUCACUGUCAGACACGAUCCUUCCGCACUCACCAUCAUCGUUUUCCAAAAUCCAAUUCAAGAAUUCGUAAACCCAUACCAUACCUGGAUGAAAUCAAAGGUUGCGGGGAUACAGAGGAAGCCCUUAUUAUCUUCUAUCAGUACAAAGAAAAGGGCUUCAAACAUGACUAUCCUUCCUACUCCGCCCUCAUGUACAAGCUUGCCAAAGCUCGAAACUUCGAAGCCGUCGAAACCCUUUUGGAUUCCCUCAAGAAUUACAAUAUUCGAUGCAAAGAAACUCUUUUUAUUGCCUUAUUUCAGGUUUAUUGCAAAGCCAAGUUGUCUUGCAAGGCCAUUGAACUUUUUAGGAACAUGACGUCAUUCAAUUGUGUCCGUACACUUCAGUCUUUUAAUGCGAUUCUUAAUGCUUUGGUUGAUGAUGAUUGUUUGUCUGAUGCUAAUGAGAUUUUUGGGGAGUCCGCGAAGAUGGGUUUGCGAUUGAACUCUGUUUCGUUCAAUAUUAUGAUCAAAAUGUGGCUUCAAAAGGGCGAAUGGGAUAGAGCUCGGGAAGUGUUUGAUGAAAUGCUUGAGAGAGAGGUGAAGCCCAGUGUUGUGACUUAUAAUAGUUUAAUUGGGUUUUUGUGUAAAAGGGGCGAGCUUGAUAAAGCUAAGGUUUUGGUUAAGGAUAUGAUGAAGAAGGGGAAAAGACCAAAUGCUGUUACUUAUGCUCUGCUGAUGGAAGGCCUUUGCUUUGUGGGGAAGUUUAAAGAGGCCAAGAAGCUGAUGUUUGAUAUGGAGUAUCAAGGUUGUAAACCAAGGCCCGUGAAUUAUGGAGUUCUGAUGACUGAUCUUGGAAAGAGAGGUGAGUUUGAAAAGGCUAAAGGAUUGCUGAUUGAAAUGAAGAAAAGGAAGAUGAGGCCAGAUGUUGUAAUGUUUAACAUAAUAAUCAACUGUUUGUGUAAGGUAGGCAGGGCUGCAGAGGCUUAUAAGUUAUUAGUUGAAAUGCAAGUGGGAGGGUGCGAACCGAAUGCAGCUAGUUACAGAAUGAUGGUUGAUGGGUUUUGUAGAGCAGGUGAAUUUGAGAGUGGUGUAAAGGUGUUAAAUGCAAUGCUAAGGAGUAGGCAUUUUCCUCGACCAGAAACAGUUGUUUGCUUAUUUAUGGGCUUAAUCAAGAGUGGGAAUUUGGAUAAUGCAUGCUUUAUUUUGGAAGAGAUGUUGAAAAGAAAGAUAAUGAUUGACCUGAAGUCAUGGGAAGCCUUAGUUGUGGAGUCUUGUGGGGACGAAAUGGAUGUUAAUAGGAUUAUGACCAAAAUCUUAGUCUUGAAUUGAGUGAUUGAGUCUU